AUGGAUAUGAGAGUCAAACCUCUCGAUGCUUCUGAAUUGAUAGAAGGAAACCAAGUUGGUGAUGUAGUACAUGCAGAGCCCCAUCCAAAUGAAGAUGGUAUUAUUGAGAAAUUACGCAAGAUGAGUUCAUGCGAGUCAACUAGAUCGAUAUCAGUUAUUAAUGUUGCAACAUUGGAAGCCAUGAGCUCAAAAUCUCUUGACCGGUUAGAAUAUCUAGGUUUCUAUAUGGGAGGAUAUGCACAGUAUUUAGAACUUCAUGAUUUUGAGUUUAAAAAUCUGAAAAAAGCCGAGAUUCAUUAUCCACAAGAAAUGGAGACAGCAUCUCCUGGUAUCUUUAAAGCACCACAACUAGAGCAGCUCGUUUUGAUUAUAGACAGCGGACAAUGGGGGCCCUAUGCUAAACAGGUGCUCGAAAGUCUAGAAAAUUUAAAGGAAUUGGUUCUUGAAUUUAGGAAUUCUUAUAUGAUUCAUAUAAGCAGUAAUCGUUUCCCUCUGAAUGUUGAAAAGCUGCUAAUUAAAAUGGACUCUGAUACAGGUAUUUGUAUGGAAGGAUCCUUUCCAAAUCUCAAAAGUUUGAAAUUUGAAACUCACAGGAGAUUUCCUCGAACUUAUCAUGGGCAUUUAUUUUCGAGAGUUUCUCUUUCAAUAUCUGCUUUACGACUUAUUGAGAUUGAAACUAGAGCAGUUCAUUUUUCGAACUUGGAGCUCAAAUAUUGUCCAAGCUUAAGAUCCAUCAAAAUUGAUUUUGCAAACAGUCUUGUUACUUAUAGUGACUUGAGUUCUUUGGAAACUUUGAGUAUUAAAAAGAGCUCAGAACUAGCUAAGGAAAUUAUACUUAAAGCUUCAAAUUUAAGACGCACUGAAUAUCCACUCAAAGCAGUAAUAUUGAAACUGGACACAAGUAUUGGCCUUACAAAGAGGCAGAAAAGAAUAAAACUUGGUGACCAACAACCGUCAGAAAAUGUUAAAACUAUAUCAAGUAUUGAGACUUUUCUUGACACUAUUUUGGAAGAGUUGAAAGAUUCAAAAGUUGAGGACUGUUCGAAAUGGUGGUUUGAUUCUUCGGGAAGAUUGAGAACACAGGGAUAUUGGUGA